UAAUACCCAAGCCAGUGUACGGGGAGCAACGGUACCAUCGCGAACGAUUUUAAAGAAUCUAGCGAAAAUCACACUCUGUUGAUACUAUGGGGAAGUCUUUCUCUCACCUUCCAAAGCACAAAGAUGAGUGCCAGGACGGUCUGACCACAGCGCCCGAGUACACUGACUCACACAGCGAAGAUGGCAGGGCCGGUGACGUGUCUCAAUUCCCAUACGUGGAGUUCACUGGCAGGGACAGUGUCACAUGCCCUACAUGUCAGGGGACAGGCAGGAUCCCAAGAGGCCAAGAAAAUCAGCUUGUUGCUUUGAUUCCAUACAGCGACCAAAGGCUUCGUCCUAGAAGAACAAAGCUGUAUGUGACAGCGUCAGUCAGUGUGUGCCUGCUGCUCUCUGGCCUUGCGGUUUUCUUCCUGUUUCCUCGCUCCAUCGACGUCUCCUACGUGGGCGUGAAGUCUGUCUACGUCACCUAUGACCAGAUCAAACGAAUUGUCUAUCUCAAUGUCACGAACACUCUGAGCAUCACCAAUAACAACUACUAUUCUGUGGAGGUCGCCAACAUUACAGCCCAGGUGCAGUUUUCUAAGACUGUGAUUGGGAAGACUCGUGUCAGCAACGUCACCUCCAUCAUGCCUCUGGACAUGCAGCAGAUUGACUACAUGGUUCCUACCACUAUAGCAGAUGAAAUGAGCUACAUGUAUGACUAUUGCACCCUACAGACCAUAAAAGUACACAACAUAGUGGUGAUGAUGCAGGUGGCAGUUACCACUGCGUACUUUGGGCAUGCGGAGCAAGUGUCACAAGAGAUGUACCAGUAUGUGGACUGCGGGGGUAACACCACCACCCUGCGUGGGCACACUAAGAUGUCCAACCUCGUGUUGCUCCCUGAGUAACACACCCCACCACCAAUGGUCUCACGUGCGGAUCAUCCGGCUGGUCACUGUGACCAUUCUGCUUAGUCAAAAGGAUAACAAACACCAUACAUUUCUGUGUGCAUUUAGAUGAUCAUGGUGUGAGAUACCAUUGUUCAGUGGUGAUAUUAGCAAUAUAAGAUCAAACUGUGGGAAGAUGAGGGCAAAUGUGUCAGAUUUCCCCCAUCCCACUGUUACAUUUACUGGGGUAUUUGAAGUAACGAAGCACUUUAGACAGAUAUGGAAGAUGCAGUUCUGUACGAUGCCACAAAAUAGGAGAGAACUUGUGUUAAGGUAGAACCACUAACUCACUAACUCAUUCCAGACCACUUUCACUUGUUAUUUAUUAGUGCUUUAUGUUUCUUUUAUUUGUCUUUUCAAAUUCUGUUUGCACUUUAAGUUACAUCUGCAGAGAAAAAGAAACUCAAGGAAAGUACUGGUUCAAUUUUGAAAGUGUAUAUAUAAGGCUGUAUAAGGGCCAUUGACUUGGUGCAAUUAAAAACUUUUCAUUGGUUUCAUUUUUGAAUACCUAAUUGACUUACCCUAGAAAGGUUACAGUUAGGUUCAAGCUCCAUUUAGAUGGUAAAUGAUGAGGUAAGGUAAACUACUGAUUUUUUUUUAGACAAGUCUUAGGUGCUCUUGAAGCAGGCAUAUUUUUGUCAGCUGUUAUGUUCUAGUGUCAGUACUUAAUAUUUCGUUUACAUUUGGAACACCUCAUCUCGUGAGCAUAGUUCUCAGUCAGUGAGUGUUAUCAAUACUAAUAUUUAUUAUUACCGGCAUUAAUAAUGUUAAUGUUUCUGUUCUUUCAGAUCUCAGUGUAGUGCAAUGUUGCUGUAUGAAUGAUGCACAUUAAUGCACUUGGAGGGAGGUGGGGGGGUGGGGGGGCAUGCUGUGUUUUGUGUUUCAGUGUCCCACUGGACGCUCAGUCUCCUGGCAGCCUAUUUACCUAUAUACUGAAUAAAUUGGAUGAGUGUUAUGGUCUCUUGUUGAGAAAUUAACAGUGUAUUUUUUUUUCUGAAUGUUAUUCAGUGGAGCGUAACUCCACAGCACUCCCACUACAAUAAAGUAUACAGGUACCUCUGUGUAAUUAAAGGACACAGAAACCUGCACUGUGAAAAAAGGGAAAAGCAUUGGAUGUAACAAGCAUUAAUAAAAUGGCCCUUUAGGACCAUUGACUUGUGUGUUUGGUACGCCCAAUGGAAAAGUUUCCCUGUACUUAAAUUAUGAAACACAGAUGCACAUGUAUAAUGGCAACUGAAAGUAAAUUAUUGGUGUUUUUUUUUCAGAGAACUUCUCCAGGCACAGCACAGGUCAGAAACUAUAGUUUAACAAGCAGGUGAGCAUCCUAUUCCUCCUAUUUAAAAACUGUCAUCAAGUUAGUCAUUUUACAUGGAAGGUGGUAACCCUCUUUGCAUUGUGUACUAUUAAG